AUGGCCGAGAGUCAAGCCCUUCGCUGGAUUCAAUUGCUGCUGAAAUGUACGAUCUUUCUAUUCAUGACGGCCGCGGCUGUCUCGUCGAGAUUGUUUUCCGUAAUUCGGUUCGAAUCUAUUAUUCACGAAUUUGAUCCGUGGUUCAACUUCAGGGCCACGAAAUACUUGGUCAACAAUGGUUUUUACAAGUUCUUGAAUUGGUUUGAUGACAGAACAUGGUACCCCUUGGGAAGGGUCACUGGUGGUACGUUGUACCCUGGCCUCAUGGCCACAUCUGCUGCUGUUUGGCAUGGGCUGCACAAGAUUGGUCUACCAGUUGACAUCAGAAACGUCUGUGUCCUUUUUGCUCCGGCAUUUUCAGGCGUCACAGCUUGGGCCACCUACCACUUGACCUGUGAAAUAAAGGAUUCUGGAGCCGGCUUGUUGGCUGCGGCUUUCAUCGCCAUUGCCCCAGGCUAUAUAUCCAGAUCUGUUGCUGGUUCCUACGAUAACGAAGCCAUUGCCAUCACGCUUUUGAUGGUUACUUUCAUGUUUUGGAUUAAAGCAAUGAAAACAGGUUCCAUAAUGCACUCCACAUUCGCUGCUCUCUUCUACUUUUACAUGGUUUCUGCUUGGGGUGGCUAUGUGUUUAUCACCAACUUGAUCCCACUACACGUUUUUAUCCUAAUUCUCAUGGGGCGGUACUCAACGCGCUUAUAUUCGGCCUAUACUACUUGGUACGCGAUUGGUACUUUAGCGUCAAUGCAAAUUCCAUUCGUCGGAUUUCUGCCCAUCAGGUCUAACGACCACAUGGCCGCCCUUGGUGUCUUUGGAUUGAUACAAAUAGUCGCCCUUGGUAGUUUCCUCAAGGCUCAAGUAAGUUGGCAAAAGUUUAAGACUGUCAUGGUGGUCUCUUUGAUUUUCUUACUACUAGCAGGAGUUUGUGGUUUAUUCGCCCUCACAUAUUUUGGUUACAUUGCCCCCUGGACCGGGAGAUUUUACUCUUUGUGGGAUACCAACUAUGCCAAGAUUCACAUCCCGAUCAUUGCUUCAGUGUCAGAACACCAGCCUACGGCUUGGCCGGCCUUUUUCUUCGAUACUCAAUUCUUAAUUUGGCUGUUUCCAGCAGGUGUGUUUUUGUUAUUUUUGGACCUCAAAGACGAACACAUCUUCAUUAUUGCUUACUCGGUUCUUUGCUCCUAUUUUGCAGGUGUUAUGGUAAGAUUGAUGUUGACCUUGACCCCCAUUAUUUGUGUUUGCGCCGCCGUUACGAUCUCAAAACUUUUCGACAUUUACGCCGAUUUUUCAUUCUGGAGUGACAAGAGCUUAGAACCUAGCGACAGUUCUAACAAAACUAAAAUCAUGACACUUGUCACCAAGCUAACAGUGUGUGGCUCCUUUUUGGGUUACUUGUACUUGUUUGUUUACCACUGCACUUGGGUCACGUCGAAUGCGUAUUCGUCGCCUUCGGUUGUUUUGCCCUCCCGCAAUCAAGACGGCUCAAUGGCGCUGAUCGACGAUUUCCGCGAGGCUUAUUAUUGGCUGCGCAUGAACUCUGCUGAGGAUGCGAAGGUUGCAUCAUGGUGGGAUUACGGAUAUCAAAUCGGAGGAAUGGCUGAUAGAACUACGUUGGUCGACAAUAACACUUGGAAUAACACUCAUAUUGCCAUCGUCGGUAAGGCUAUGUCUUCACCUCAAGAGAAAGCUUACGAGAUUUUGAGACAACACGACGUAGACUACGUCCUGGUCAUUUUCGGUGGCCUCAUCGGGUUUUCCGGAGAUGACAUUAAUAAGUUUCUUUGGAUGGUGCGGAUUUCGGAAGGUAUAUGGCCUGAUGAAAUUAAAGAGCGGGAGUAUUUCACUCCGUCAGGAGAAUAUCGCAUGGAUGCUCUAGCAUCUCAAACUAUGAAAGACUCGUUGAUGUACAAGUUGUCCUAUUACAGGUUUGCAUCUUUGUUCAAUGGCAUUGAAGGCAUGGACAGAGUGCGUGGCCAAAAAAUUAGGGACGAAGAUGUGGGAAACCUGGACUAUUUCGAGGAAGCCUUCACGUCUGAAAAUUGGAUGGUCAGAUUAUACAAGUUGAAGGAUCUGGAUCCGGUGGGCAGAGAACUGCACAGUGCUGGCGAGUUUGAACGCAAAUCUGCGCGCAGUCAAAAGAAAAGGAUUGUUAAGAGACCAUCCUUAGAUCUUAGAGUUUAG